AGCAUCUACUGCCCCACCCACCGACUCUGCUUCCUGUUCCGAGCAACCUGCCAAUACGUGUCAUUCGUGUACAUCCCGUCAGGGUGGAGGGGAGCAAAGCGCAGGCGACGGUGCUAGCCUUGCGAUUUCUGCCUACUCCGCCACAGGGCGUGCAGACCCUGGCGAAACACAAACUGCACAAGCCAUGCUCGCGCCGAGAGUCGCUCGAGUGUUUCCUCGCAGGAGGAGGAACGAGAGAGAGAUAGACUCGAACAGGAGGGAGGAGAUCGUGCUCACAGCGGCCGACAUCACCAACAUGUUCUACAUGCGGCAGGCGGAAGCUGCCGAGAGCCUGGGGAUCUCGCUGACGGCGCUGAAGAACGCGUGCAAGCAAGUGGGGAUCGAGCACUGGCCGUACGCGAGGUCGACAGCAAGCAGAAUACAAAAGAGCAACCUGAUGAUGUCAAACAAUCAGCAUGGAGGCGUCGACGCGCCCAACAUGCCGGCGGAGCGAAGUCACUACGCUGAUGUUAUCAACGGGUCGGCCAGCGUCGCCACAAGAGCGCUGAGCAGCUUUCCUGACGCUGCUGCUAUCAGCAACGUAACGCAGCAUUGCUGGUCAGCUGGCUCUGUCAGCAUAGGAGAAGUCCCGAGGAAGAGGAAGGCAAGUGCGGAGGAUUGGGAGACGACGUGGUUCUAUCCCUCAGGCCGCCAGGUGUCGGAGAACGAUCUUGCAUGCUUGCUGUCUGAAAGUCUGGUACAUGUCAUCGAAGGAUGAGUAGAAGGGAGGAGGAGCCGGCAAGUGCUGGACCCAUGAUGGGAGGGGUGAAUGAGGAGACGGCAGCAUCUCUUUCUCCUUGCGGUGGUGAGGGUGGGACGUCAAGGUAUCACAAGCAGGCAGCGACAUGGCGACGGCGAUGAUGAGGAUGAGGAUGUUCUUUGUCAUGAAAGCUUCUCCUUGCUGUCCUUGAAUGUUUCAAAAUGAAAUUCUUCUUGACAUUCCAUCAGCACAGUUUUCCCGGUAUUGAAUUGUUGAAUUGGUAAAUUGUAAUC